AAAAGGUCGAGUCUUUCUUUUUAGUUUCAGAGACUUGUUCUUCCUUCCUAUGUUUCUAACAUUCAAACAUAAUAACUAUUUUUGUUUGGGACUUUGGAGCAGGAAAUUGAAACUCGCAGAUUCGAAUUCUAAUUUGCCUGACUUUCUGGUGGGGGUUUAUUUUUUUCUCGGGGGCUCGUGUCGUUGAAGAAGCCUGAGCAAGCGAUGUCGUCAACGCCGGCCGUAGCGGGAAUACUGGAGAACACGAAGGAACUUGAUCGCUUACGUAAAGAACAAGAAGAAGUUCUUGUCGAGAUCAAUAAGAUACAUAAGAAGCUUCAAUCUUCGCCUGAGGUAGUUGAGAAGCCUGGUGAUACUUCUUUGCCACGGCUUAAAAAUUUGUACAUUCAAGCCAAAGAGCUCUCUGAAAGUGAAGUCACUGUUUCAAACAUUCGGCUUGCUCAACUGGAUUCCCUGCUUCCAUCAGGGCAACAACGCGGAAAACUAGAAGUGGCAGAAGGCAACGGUCUGAAGAGGAAGAGAAUGAAAGCUGAAUCAGAUGUAACAAGAGUUCCUCCUUCCACUAGAAACCAAAUCGAGGCAUAUGCCAGUCUAAAGGGCGAACAGGUUGCUGCAAGAAUUACAGCAGAUGAUGCAGAGCAGGAUCCAUGGUUUGUGGCGAAAGUAAUUCACUUCGAUAGAGAAACAAAAGAAGUUGAAGUACUUGAUGAAGAAUCAGGAGAUGAUGAAGAAGGAGGUGGCCAGAGGACGUAUAAACUACCAAUGUCAUGCAUUUUACCGUUUCCAAAAAGGAACGAUCCUUCAACAACACAAGAGUUUCUACCAGGGAAACAUGUAUAUCCAGGAACCACAGCUCUUUACAAAGCGACUGUAGUAAGUACACCACGAAAGAGGAAGUCUGAUGAGUACUUGCUGGAGUUUGAUGACGAUGAAGAAGACGGAGCAUUACCUCAAAGAACAGUGCCUUUCCACAAAGUGGUUACUUUACCAGAAGGUCAUCGCCAGUGAUGUUCAGAUUGGGUGCAUUGAAAUAAGAGACUCUUCAUGUUUGUUUCUUUGAGGCUAAAGCAAGAGUUAAGGGUUUUGAUGUUAUUGCCUUCUUUGUGAUCAAAGAUGAGAUCAGUUUGAAGGAUGAAAAGGUUUGUUUUUUUCUUUCCUAUUCAGUUUGAGGGAAAGCUACUCUUGUUUAACGUAAUGUAUGAAUGUGUGUAAAUAUAUAUAUAUAUGGGAAUGUGUGGGUAUUUAUAUCAUGUUGAGGCACAAUUUUGAAUCCAAAUGAAACAAUUUUUUUUGUUGUU